GGCGCUUUAUGUGGCGCAUGCGCACUGCGAGGCCGCUGCCGCUAUAAAGGCUUGUUUUGUUGCUGGGCUUGAUGUUCGGGAACUUGGUCGUGGAGCCUGCGAGGUGCUUCGGGCCUAGGGCGCAGAAAUUCUCUAGCAAAACCGAAAGCCUGUGAGCCCUGGCACCUGCACUUAGAGACGAUGAAGGAUAUCAACAUAGGAAAAGAAUACAUCAUCCCCAGCCCUGGGUAUGGGAACGCCACGGAGAGAAACUCUGCUUCUGGGCAGCACAGAGAUGGUGAAGACUCCAAAUCCAGGAGAACCCAGCCGCCGGAAUGCCAAGAUGCCUUGGAAAUAGCAGCCCGAGCCGAAGGGCUGUCCCUGGACGCCUCCAUGCAUUCCCAGCUCCAAAUCCUGGAUGAGAAGCAUCCCAAAGGGAAGUACCAUCAUGGCUUAGGUGUCCUGAAGCCCAUCCGGACCACUCGCAAACACCAGCACCCAGUGGACAAUGCUGGGCUCUUCUCCAACAUGACCUUCUCGUGGCUCUCCCCUCUGGCCUACACCGCCUACCGGAAGGGGGAGCUCUGCGUGGAGGACUUGUGGUCUGUGUCCAAGCAUGAGUCUUGCGAGGUGAACAGCAAAAGACUAGAGAGACUGUGGCAAGAAGAGCUGAAGCGAGUUGGACCUGAUGCCGCCUCCCUCCGGAAGGUUGUGUGGACCUUCUGCCGCACCAGGAUCAUCCUGUCCAUCCUGUGCCUGAUGAUCACGCAGCUGGCUGCCUUCAGUGGACCAGCCUUCGUGGUGAAGCAACUCCUGGAGUAUUCCCAGGCCACAGAUUCUAACCUCAAGUACAGCUUGCUGCUAGUCCUGGGCCUCCUCCUGAUAGAAAUUGCACGCGCUUGGUCACUGAUGCUGACUUACGCCCUCAACUACCGAACCAGUGUCCGCUUGCGGGGGGCCAUCCUAACCAUGGCUUUUAAGAAGAUUCUUAAGUUGAAAAGUAUCAAAGAGAAGUCCGUGGGGGAGCUCGUCAACUUGUGCUCCAACGACGGGCAGAGGAUGUUCGAGGUAGCUGCUGUGGGCAGCCUGCUGGCUGGCGGACCUGUUGUCGCCAUCUUGGGCAUGAUUUAUACUGUGAUCAUUCUGGGACCAACUGCCUUCCUAGGGUCAGCUGUUUUUAUCCUCUUCUAUCCAGCAAUGAUGUUUGCCUCACGGAUCACUGCGUAUUUCAGGAGAAAAUGUGUGGCCACCACAGAUAACCGUGUCCAGAAAAUGAAUGAAGUCAUCACAUACAUUAAAUUUAUUAAGAUGUAUGCCUGGGUCAAAGCAUUUUCUCAGAUUGUUCAGAAGAUCCGAGAGGAGGAACGUCGGAUUUUGGAAAAAGCUGGGUACUUUCAGAGCAUCACUGUUGGUGUGGCACCUAUUGUGUUGGUGAUUGCCAGCGUAGUGACCUUCUCUGUUCACAUGUACCUUGGUUUUGAUCUGACAGUGCCACAGGCUUUCACAGUGGUGAGUGUCUUCAACGCCAUGACCUUUGCUUUGAAAGUCACACCGUUCUCAGUGAAAUCGCUGGCGGAAGCAUCAGUAGCUAUCGAGCGGUUUAAGAGUUUGUUUCUAAUGGAAGAGGUUCACAUGAUAAAGAAAAAACCAGCCAGUCCUCACAUCAAGAUAGAGCUGAAAAAUGCCACCUUGGCAUGGGACUCCUCCCACUCCAGUAUCCAGAACUCGCCCAAGCUGACCCCCAAAAUGAAAAACGACAAGAGGGCUGCCAAGGGCAAGAAAGAGAAGGGGAGGCAGCCGCAGCACGCUGAGCAUCAGCAAGUGCUGGCCGAGCAGAAGGGCCACCUCCUCCUGGACGGUGACGAGCGGCCCAGCCCCGAGGAGGAAGAGGGCAAGCACAUCCCCCUGGGGAACCUCCGCUUGCAGAGGACACUGUACAGCAUCGACCUGGAGAUUGAAGAGGGUAAACUGUUUGGAAUCUGCGGCAGUGUAGGAAGUGGAAAAACCUCUCUCAUCUCAGCCAUCUUGGGUCAGAUGACUCUCUUGGAAGGCAGCCUCGCAGUCAACGGGACCUUCGCCUACGUGGCACAGCAGGCCUGGAUCUUCAACGCCACCCUGAGAGACAACAUCCUCUUUGGGAAGGAGUUUGACGAGGAAAGGUACAACUCCGUGCUCAACAGCUGCUGCCUGAGGCCAGACCUGGCCAUCCUUCCCAACAGUGACCUGACUGAGAUUGGCGAGCGAGGUGCCAACCUGAGCGGAGGGCAGCGCCAGAGGGUCAGCCUCGCCCGGGCCCUGUACAGUGACCGGGACAUCUACAUCCUGGAUGACCCCCUCAGUGCCUUAGAUGCCCAUGUGGGCAACCACAUCUUUAACAGUGCCAUCCUGAAGCACCUCAAGUCCAAGACGGUUCUGUUCAUUACCCACCAGCCGCAGGUACGGUGCCUCGUCCCCGACGGUCUGCCGAGGCUUGGCGCUCAGCAGAGAACAGGUGGUCCUGGCUGGGGCCCCCUUGCGGGGCUCCCAGGGCUCCUGGUGUCACAAGUGUUCACUUUCUCAGCAAAUUGUCCCUUGGCCAUUUGUCCAUUUGUAAAGCUGCACCCAGAUCAGCUCAAGGAUGCUGCCGUGAGCAAAAAUCUCGCUUUAACAGGCCUGUUCCAGUUUACCGUCAGACUGGCCUCCGAGACAGAAGCUCGCUUCACCUCAGUGGAGAGGAUCAACUACUACAUUAAGACUCUCUCCUUGGAGGCACCUGCCAGAAUUAAGAACAAAGCCCCCUCCCCCGAUUGGCCCCAGGAGGGAGAAGUGACCUUUGAGAAUGCCGAGAUGAGGUACCAAGAGAAUCUCCCUCUGGUCCUGAAGAAAGUGUCCUUCACCAUCAAGCCAAAGGAGAAGAUCGGCAUCGUGGGGCGGACAGGAUCAGGGAAGUCCUCUCUGGGGAUGGCCCUUUUCCGCCUGGUGGAGUUAUGUGGUGGCUGCAUCAAGAUUGACGGCGUGAGGAUCAGUGACAUUGGCCUUGCUGACCUCCGGAGCAAGCUCUCCAUCAUCCCCCAGGAGCCCGUGUUGUUCAGUGGCACUGUCAGAUCAAAUUUGGAUCCUUUCAAACAGUACACAGAAGAGCAGAUUUGGGAUGCUCUAGAAAGGACACACAUGAAAGAAUGUGUUGCCCAGCUACCUCUGAAACUUGACUCUGAAGUGAUGGAGAACGGAGAAAACUUCUCAGUGGGCGAGCGGCAGCUCCUGUGCAUAGCAAGAGUCUUGCUCCGCCACUGCAAGAUCCUGAUUCUAGAUGAAGCCACAGCAGCCAUGGACACAGAGACAGACCUGCUGAUCCAGGAGACCGUCCGAGAGGCGUUUGCUGACUGCACCAUGCUGACCAUUGCCCAUCGAUUGCACACUGUGCUGGGCUCAGACAGAAUCAUGGUGCUGGCCCAGGGACAGGUGGUGGAGUUUGACACCCCCGAAGCCCUUCUGUCCAACGAAAACUCCCGGUUCUAUGCCAUGUUUGCUGCUUCGGAGAACAAUGUGGCUGUCAAGGGCUGACCCCCCCUCUUCCUGUUAAACGUGUUCUGUUUGGAGUCGCCGUUCCCUCUCUGGGCAGCCCCUACCUACGCGUGCGCGCGCGUGCACACACGCACGCACGCACGCACGCACACACACACACACACACACACACACACACCUUGCCUUUCCCGACUUUCUCGCACAGCAGUUCAGGAUCAGCUUGUGUGUUUCACUUUUAGGGGAUGAGUGCUAUUUUGAUUAUUGUAUUUACUCCCUAGUCAUGUAAAGAAAUUUUAGUUUUUGUCCUUAAUAGCCCUCUUAAAAGGUUCAGGAAACCGUUAUUAUACGUGUUAUCAGAUGCCUAUAAUGAAGCUUUAUACGUGUAGCUCUAUCUCUAUAUAAUGGUGUACAGAGCCUAUAUUUACAGUGAAGAUGUAAGCUGUUGAUUUUAUAUUAAAACAGGUGCUGUGCUGACAGUGCGAACCCCUUUCUAUCGUGCUUUGUACAGCGUGCUCUGCGCAGCCCGGGCUUCUCUAGAUGGUCCUUCACGGUGCCGGCUUGUCUGGAUGUUCAGAAGGAAGACUCGUGGCAGUGGUGGCGGGCCCUGCAGCCUGUCGGCCCUGUCCCCAUGGCCACAGGGGAGGGGGGUGCUGGAGGCCGUGCACAGCACCGUGGAUUCUCAGGGCUCCUGCUUUCUGUCCUGUUGUCUUCACUGUUCUGUCUGAGAGCAGUGGGGCUGAGCACACACACACACACACACACACUUUACUCUUUCAGCUCUUGUUUUCUAAGUAAGAACCAAGUCGGUUCACACAGAGCGUCCCACUGCCUCAGGCCCCUAACGUCGCCCCUGCCCAGAGACUUUGAGGACCUGGGCCCCUUCCUUCCCCCGGUCACUUCCGGUCUCCUCUCCCCCGUGUCUGCUGCCCCUCGGAGCAGCUCCUGCUCGUGCUGUGUCUCGCACUGGUGUAGGCAUUUCCUGUACUGUAAAGAGACCUACCUCAGGCUGCUGGUGGCCGAGUGGCUGUGUGUUCCUGGGGAACCCCACCCUCCACCCCGAAUGGAUGCUGCCACCAGCAGUUGAAUGGUCAGUGUUGUAUGUCGUGACCAACUAGACUGUCGCCUUAGCAUGUUUGCUGAGUAUCUUGUGGAAGCAAAAACAACCUGCAAACAUGAAUAAAAUUAUUUUGAAUUUUGUAAAAAAAAAAAAAAAGGAAAAGAAAAAAUGAAAAUCAGUGCAUGAAAGGAAUCUUCUGUGCUGGGCCUCAGUCCAUGCAGCCUAUGUUCCUGGGUGUGGCCACCAGAUCAAGUCCCAGUGCAGCAAGUAAGAGUUGGGGGUAAAGAUGAGUGGUCAUUGUAAACUAGGCAGGUGGGUGAAAUACUGAAUGUUCAAAAGUGAAGUGUUUUGGGUCAAGUGGUGGCACACCUAAUAUUAUUAGGAGUGAGAGAACCCAGGUUUGAGCCCCCAGUCCCUACCUGCAGAGGCUCAAAGCUUCAUGAGUGGUGAAACGGCUACAGGUGUAUGUCUUUCUCUUUUAAGGUGGCAGUGGGGAAAGCUUUGGUCUUUCUAACACGGGCUUCUGAAUCCAGCCCUCAGCAUUGUAUGUGCCAGAGUCAGGCUCUGGUUCUCUCUCCUCUCCCUCCUCCUCUCUAAUAAAUAAAUAAAUAGUU